AUGAAGAUUCUUAUGCUCUCCGGUGACUACGUCGAGGACUACGAGCUGUAUGCGCCACUCAAGGCCCUCGAGAUGCUGGGCAUCGACGUGCAUGUUGUGUGCCCAGACAAGAAGACUGGCGAUACCAUUGCCACUGCCCUGCACACCGUCGAGGGCUUCCAGACUUACACCGAGCGCCCGGGACAUCUGUUCACGCUGACUCACACAUUCGCCGACAUUAACCUGGACGACUAUGCCGGCCUUCUUGUUCCUGGCGGCCGCUUCCCCGAGUACCAGCGCUAUGACCAAAGGGUGCUGGACCUGGUGAGGCAUUUCUUUAACAAGGACCUGCCGGUUGCCGCCAUCUGCCACGGUCUGCAGAUCCUGGCUGCUGCUGGUGUGCUGAAGGGCCGCGAGUGCUCUGCCUUCCCCAUGUGCAAGCUGGACGUUGAGGCGGGCGGCGCCAAGUAUGUUGACUUUGAGGCAUUCAGCUUGAACGCCCAUGUCGAGGGCAAUCUGGUCACUGCACCUGCUUACCCAGCCAUUGGUGUCUGGCUCAAGGAGUUUAUCAAGCUGCUUGGUAUCAAGGUGCAACUCUAAAAUGGUCAGCCUUGUUCUUUAACGUAUCAACAAUACUAUUUGGAUACAUCAGCGCCUGCGUGAUGUGCAUCCCCAAAGAGUAGGGUACAGGUUUGGACAAUUAGCCCAAGGGUGGAGUGAUUUUAGCGUCUGUCAGCGCUAGCUCGUCAGUCUGCCUUGCGCACCAACUCCAAAGCCAUCACAUUUAAGGACCAGAGUUGUCAGACUUGAUGCGUCAGUCAUAGCGUGUUGCGAUACCAGAGUAUAGAGCUGUAUUGACAGAAAUAAAUAAAA